AUGUUCAGUAUUCCAGCUAAUAACGCCAAUAUGGGUGGUAUUCCCACCAGUGCGCCAUCUCAUAAUGCCAAAUCGAAGUUUCAAAGAUUCAGGGAAACUCCUGCCUAUACAAUGGUGCUAAACGGAGCUUUUUUCAUUGCUGGUGUAGCAUUUAUCCAAUCUCCAUUGAUGGAUAUGCUAGCCCCACAGUUAUGA